CACUGGCCUUGGCCAUGUUGUAGGGAGGGGAGGACCGGGGUCCUAAAAGAGUUCGCUGCCUCUCACGUUUCAUCACUUGAGCGCUCGACUACCCCGUCUCGGUCCUAGGACGCAUUUUAGGCGCGUGGAUGCAUACUUGCUAUCACUGACUACCUUUUUUAUUGCUUUUAUCACAUUUGCUGUGGUUUCCGGACAAGCAGGAGCCAAAAAGGUGAAAUAAGUGCGGUUUUCGCGAUGGGAGCACAGACCUCAUCGCAUCGGGACGGGAAGAGCCAAGAGGAUGCUUCAGCCGAGAAUCUGAGAUCAGCGGUGAACGCGAUUUUGGAGGUAGAUAGCGUCGUCGAAUCCAAGUUCCAGCAGAAGAAUGGACAGAUCUCCAUCACCAGUCUGAAUGGGAAGGCAGAUGAACAGACAGAGCUCAAUGACCACUCAGAGGACAACACCCUAGCAGAGGAAGUUGAUGGCGUGUCCGUGUCUCGGAAGGAGGAGGUUCUUGAGACGAUGGACUCCCUCCAGGCUGUGGUGGCCUCUCAGGUGAACAGAGAGGAGGAGGAGAACGAGUCUUCUGAUGCCAACAACAUCACCAGGCCUGAAGAGAAGGUUGUUGAGGAGAAACCGGGCGAGGCCAAUGAGGUGGGCUUCAAGAAGAUCUUCAAUUUCAUCGGCUUCAAGUUCACUCUGAAGAAGGACAAGAAUGAGAAGACUGACCCGGUGCAGAUGCUGAAGUUGAUGGACAAGGAAGUGGAAGGAGGGACAAAGGGGUCUGAGGAAACUAAGGAGGAAGCCGCCACUGCAGAGGAGGGGAAGGCAGCGGAGCCAGAGACCGCCACUGUUGAGGCUGACUUCUCUGAAACCACAACUGAGGCUGCAACUCCAGUGGAUUCCCCAUCUCAGACUGUGGAUGGAGACGCUGCAGAAAAAGAGCCCUCGGACCCAGCUGCAGCAGCAAAUACCCCACAUGGCCAGGAGGCCCCCCUAUCCCCCUUCAGAAGGUUCUUUACACAGGGAAUCUUCUCCAAUCAGCGCAAGAAGGCAAGUAUCAAAAGUGCCAAAGAGAAGGAACCAAAAGAGAAAGCUGCUGAGGAGAAGAUAAAGGAGGGAGAGGAGAAAGCAGAGGCUGGGGUGGAGGAGGAGCGAGAGAAAGCAAAGGAAGGGGUGAAGGAGGUGGAGCCCGUGACAACACCGGAAACUGAGAAACCUGAAGUAUCUGCGGAAGAGAUCAAAGAGGAGAUCCAAGCCGAAUCUGCCAUGGAAACCUCAGAAGCUGCUGUUACUGAUGACGCCAAACAAGCGGAGGAGAAUGUUGAAGAAGCUGUGGAAUCAGACAAGGCCCCAGUUGAGGUCACCACCGAGGCUGAGCUUUUCUCACCCCAGAAGAAGGUCAAGGCCCAGGGUAGCCCACUGAAAAAACUGUUUACUGGGGCUGGCCUGAAGAAGCUCUCUACCAAGAAACAGAAGAAAGACAAGAAAGAUACGGAGACCAAGCUGACCGAGUCUGGGGAACAGGCGGCUGAACAGCUCCAGUCCUCUACAGAGUUGACAGAGGUCCAGAAACCUGACAGUGGGGCAUCAUCUCCAGAGGAGUCUGGUGAGCAUGCCAUCGGGGUGGAAGCCACCCAAGCUGAGGCCAGCCAAGAGGCUGAUGAGGAGGUAACAAGCUCAGACGAAGGGAAGAAGAAAGAAGGUAUAAUGCCCUGGUCCUCCUUCAAGAAGCUGGUGACACCCAAGAAACGAGUCAAGAGGCCCUCUGAGAGCGAGGACGAGGCAACUGUUGAGAAGGCCAUGUCGGCCACCCUGUUCUCCACUGACAGUGCCGUGUUUGUGGAGAAAAAGAAAGAGGAGCCGGAACUCCCUGAAGAGGAGCCAAAAGCCGAAACCACAGAGGACCUGGAAGGCACCACAGAGGACCCCAAAAAGAUGAAGAUGGACACCUCACUCUCCUGGGAGGCCCUGAUGUGUAUGGGCGGAAACAAGAAGAGGACCAGGAAGACCUCUGACUCUGAAGAUGAGGAGACCAAAAUCGAAGAGGAGGCACCACCAACUGGGGAAGAGCAGGUUAAGACAGCAGUCUCUCCUUUUGACAGCUCUGGAGAGGCAGAUCAGGAAAACACAGUGUCAUCCCCCGAACCAUCCACUAGCCCCGCCGCAGGAGACUCCACAUGGGAUACUCUCAAGCGUCUUGUCACCCAUAGAAAGAAGCCCAAAAACGAGGAGAGGACAGAUGAAUCUGGUGGCGAACAGGUAAUCUCAGACAGUGAAAUUCCCAAAGAAGAUUCCUCCUUCUCUCUGAGGAAACUCAUUCCCGGACGCAGAAAGAAGAAGGUGCUUUCCUCCAAUCUGGGGUCUGGUGAGGAAGAUUCCGACACACCAGCCGUGGUCCCUCUCUCAGAGUACGACAAUGAGCACGCCGAGAGUAAAGAAGAGGCUGAAGCCGAAAUGACAGUAGAGACAAAGGACUCUGAGGAAGCAGCACCAAUCACUCAGGUCCAAUUGUCCAUUGAAGAGAGAUCCCCCUCUUGGAUCUCAGCCACGGCUGUCAUGGAAAACCUCCAGGAGAUCCCACAUGAUCAGCUGAGUGACAUCCCAGAAGAGGGUGCCGCCACCCCCAAAUCUGCUGACACCACCAUCGCAGAGGACAUUGCAGAACAGACCUUAGAGACAGUCCCAUGCCAAGAGCAGGAACCUGAGUUGUCUGUUGCCGAGGUGACUGCAAAUUCUGAUGCCAAGAACAUUUUAGAGCAGAUCCCAGAAACAGUCACUUGCCAGGAGCCUGAGCUGUCUGUUUUUGAGGUAACUGAAGAGAUGAUCCCAGCCACGUAUGGCGAAACCACCCCUCUGCCCAAUGAGCCUGAGACAGAGUCUUUGGAGGUCCCGCAGGAGGCUGUGGAGCUGCUCAGUGAUCUUCCAAGCCUGACUUCUAUGGAAAUCAUAGAGAUCCAACUGGAGGAGGCUGCUUCCAUCCCAGAACCCACACCGCCGAUCAAGUUCACCGAAACCAAAUCAAAGGUUGUCUUGAUGGUGCAUGAAGAAAUUGAGGGUUCUGCCAUCUGCACUGACCUGGGCACCAAGGAGAUCACCAAGGUGGCUGUGGAGAAACUUGUAAUUCCCACCAUGGAAUGUCUACCUGAGAUCAGCAAUGGUCUGUCUGCUGAGAUGCCGGUAGAAGAUAAGGCUGAUCCAACUGAGGCGGCUGACGCUAAUGAAGACCCAGUAUUCAAGGCUCAAGUGGAGCAGGUCGAAAGCAUAUUCCUGGAGCCGCCACUAGAGGAAUCUAUUGAAGACAUCCCAGAUCCUGAUAUAGCCACUGAGGGUAAAGAGCAUGAAGAUGAAAAGGUCGCCAGGGUCAAUAAUAUCAAGAUGGAGGUUGAAAUUGUUGAGGCCCCUGCGGUGAAUGAGAAUAUCGUGGACCUCAUUGUACCAACUGUUGAAGACUCCAUUGCCGCUAACAUUGUGGAUGGCUCUGAGGCACCUGUCAUUGAGGUCAAAAGUAAAGAAGAGACGGCCGCUGUCGAAGAGAUUGCUGCUGUAGAGGAGGUGAAUGAGCCUGCUGCCCAAAAAAUGGUCACUUCACUAACUGAUGCCAACCAGCCCACAGUCACUGAAGUGUGCGAGGCAGCCAUUGUUGCCCCUGCUUUAGAGUUUGCCAUUGUAAAGAAGACCACGUACCUCGUCUGCCCACUGUCCGAGUCCUUGGAAACCCAGCAAGUGGAGGUCACAGAGGCUGUGGCAGUGGAAAAGCUCUCAGUGGCAGUUGCAGAGCCCACUGGCGAUGACCAAAUUCAAGUGCAGGUGACUGAGGUUGGCAUUACAGAGGCUGAAGAGACAAAGGAGUCAGAGGCCAUGGAGGAGACGGGCUUGGUCAUCGCUCAGGUGGUUAUCCAGAGUGCUGUGAAGAAAGUGUCUGAAGCAGAGUUUGAACCCAAAGCGCCUGCCUCUGCCACUGCUACCAUCACAACUGAAGAUGCUCUACCAGUCCAGGCGGUAGCAACGAUAGAGAAAGAGAUUGAACUAGUAGCAGAGGAGAAACCUGUCAUUGCUGAAACACCUGUAGUCCAAGUUGAGGAACCAGCACCAGAAACCCCAGCAGAGGUGUCUACUACUCCAGAGGCACCAGCCGAGGCUGAAAAACCACCAAAGGAAGUCCACGAGGCUGUCCAGGUCAUUGAGACCAUUCCAGUCACAAUUGAAAUCACAAAGAGUAUCAUGGAAGAGUUUACCAAGGAGGUGGAGUAUGUUCUCAAAGAGGAAGUAGAGGAAAUUAAACAUGAAGUGGAAUUAAAGCAAGCAAUGGAGGUCAAUGUAAGUGUGGAGAAAGUUGUUGAAGUUGUAACAGAGGUGGAACAGACAGAGAGUGAGACAGAUGGAAAGGCAGAGGAGGAGAUCAAAGAGGUAGAGGGCAACAUUGAGGCAUUAGAGGUUCAGGAAGUUCCACAAUCUGAGGUAGAGGAAGUAGUUAAGGAAUGCCAACUUGAGGUUCAACAAGCUGAGGUAAUAACGGUGGUUCAGGAAGUGAUAGCAGAUGUUCCCACUCCAGAGACAGCUGAAGAGAAGUCAGAAGCAACGAUUGUAACAGAAGAGACCCCAGUCCCAGAUGCCCCCACAGAGACUGCUGAAGCCCCAGCCCAGCCAGAGGGGACAACUGCAGAGGUCGUAGUCCCACAUACCACACAGGUGGUCAUACAGGCAACAGAGAUCAUUAAAGAGGCAGAGGAGGAAAUCAUGUUGGAGGUGGUAGAAAAAGAUGCCAUUGUAAGCUCACCAGAGACAAAGGAAGCUCCGGCCAAAGAAGACACAACAGACCCUGAACAAAUGCCAGACACCCCCACCCCUGAACCCACACCAGAUACCCCCGCCCCUGCUCCAACUGUUGCCGAUGUUGUCGAAACAAACAUGAAAUAUGACAGUGCCGCAGUUCAGGGAAAGGUAUCGGAUGACCCCCAGACAGCACUGGAAGAGCAUCAAAUGUAUGUUUCAAUAGAGGCUGUGGCUGCCAUCCAAGAUGCCCCCGUUAACAGCAUGGAAGAGGAGGUUGCUGUUGCCAUGGCUGUGACAGUUGCCAGCCCAGCGGAGGCAGCGGCAGAGAAGGCGAUGUCGGUGAAGUGUGCGGAGGUGAUGGUGCAGGUGAUUGAGGAGGUGGUGAAGUAGAUCAAACCUGUCUCCUAAGAGCUUAAGGCAGCAUCGUGAGCAGGAUGGGAGAUGGAGACCAGUUCCCUUUCAGUCAGCACUCUCGGUACAACACAACUUUGGGGAGUCAGACUCUCACGACUUUGACAAGUGUAAGCGUUAGGCUCAGAUUCAUUAGUAGAAUUUUCCCACUCUUCACCUCGAUGUGAGCAAUAACGGUUCACUCUACUAAAAACUACAUUUUUGGGAACACAAGACUAUCUAACUUUGCGCCAUCCAAACUAGCCAUCCAAAAUGUAUUGUGUAUCCCACAUGUGAUUUCAAUCAUUCAUGUCCCUCUUCCACAUUCAGACAGUUGUCUUCCGUGUCUUGUCACAUAAACUGAAAUUAGGUGAACUAUUCAAAUUUUUGCAACCAGGAAAUGGCGGAGCGAUUUCUGCAUAGUGCAUCCUUCAGGGAUGGUUCUUCUGUCGGAGGCCCAGAACGACUGGUACAGUCAAUAUUCUGAAAAGGGAAGGGUCUACGUUCCAUUCUAGACCUUCGUACCCUAAACAAGCAACUCUGGGUUUGCACAUUCAGGAUGCUCACAAACCAGAGGCUGUUAUGGUCCAUGCGUCCCGGCGAUUGGAUCGCCACAAUCAACCUGAAGGAGGCAUAUUUUAAUGUGCCCAUGUACCCCAGUCACAGGAAAUGUUGGAGGUUCCAUUAUGAGGCAAUAGCCUACGGGUUUUUGGUCCUGUUGUGCGGUCUGUCCCUCUCGCUUUGUGCCUUUUUAAAGGUAGUGGAGGCAGCUCUGGCACCCAUGAGGGGCCAGGGGCUGAGUGUGUUGGCCUAUCUGGAUGAUUGGCUGAUAGCAGCAGAGUCAAGGGAACAAGCGAUGUUGCACACAUCCAGGCUAGUGUUCCAUAUUCAGUCUCUAGGUUUUAUUGUAAACCAGAAAAAGAGCUGUCGGACCCCAUUGCAGUGCAUUCUGCUCCUGGGUCUAGAGUUAGACUUGCACGUGAAUCACAAUUUUUAUAUCCAUGCAGAGGCCUUCCUCACCUGGCAUAAUACAGGUAUGGAAGGCUCUUAGAGAUUUACCCAGAAAGACUCACAGCUGUAAUCUCUGCCAAAGGGGAUUCUAACAUGUAAUGAUUUAGGGGGUUGAAUACUUAUCUAAUCAAGACGUGUUUUUUGUGUGUUUUUUUAAUCUUCUACAAAUGUUACAAUUUUUCUAAGGGGUGUGAUUACUUUCGGAACGCACUGGAGCAUCAACAAAUCAACAUAAUUUAGUUGAGAGGGCCGGGCCCAGACUAUUCUGUCUGCAAGGACACCCUCCAUGAGAGGGCUGUAUGUGUAUAAGUGACAGGCGUUUGAGCUCUGGUACCAAGAUAAAGGACUUGUUCAUUUUCAGUUCUUUGUGAGAGACAUCCUAGUGUUCCUACAGGAGCUUUCCGAGCAGGGUCGGGCAUUCUCCACACUGGGGGCCCAACCCCUGGUUGUUAGGUUCCUUAAAGGUGUGUGCUGUCUCAGAGCGGUCUCUAAACCUAUUGCGCCAACAUGGGAUUUGGCUAUGGUUUUGGAGGCGCCUUUUGAGACUCUGAAGUCGGUGGAUCUUAAGAUUCUCUCCUACAUGACCUUUCAGCUCAUGGCUUUGGCCUCAGCUAAACGUGUUGGGGACCUGCACGCGUCACCCAUAUACCCUUCCUGUACUCAGUUCGCCCCUGGCAACGGUAAGGGGACAUUGCAUCCGAAUGCUGCCUUCUUCCUGAAAGUCAUGGUUAUGUCCCACAGGUCUUUAGAUUGAGCAAUUUCCCUUUGCUUCUGAAGAGCAACAGAGGUCACAUGCCCUGUGUCCAGUACGAGCUUUGCGCACGUACAUUGAGCGGACCUGGGAUUUCCGGUUAGGUGACCAGCUUUUUUUCUGUUUUACCAGCUCACGGCAGGGCACUCUCUAAGCGUCUCUCCCACUGUAUUGUGGAGGCUAUCUCCCUGGCAAAUACCAGAAAGGGCCAAGGGUUACAUAGCGUUGUUUCGCGCCCACUCCAACAGGUGUCUGGCAGCGUCUUGGACAUUAUUUAAAGGGUUGACUGUAGGGCAUAUUUGUGCUGAGGCGAGCAUCACCACUCACAUUUGUGAGGUUUUAUUGCUUGGAUGUCACUGCUCCCAGCGUAGCCCACAGCAUGUAUACAGCUAGGACAGGAGAGGGUCAUUAGGCAGCAUGUCCCAUGUGCACAAUACCCAACUACUGCAUCUUGAGGGGUGGAGGUCUGGGUGGUCUGCAAUGGGCCAUUUCAUUUGGUAUCCGUUGGGGCCAGCUUCUAGUUCCCCAUAGUUGUGUUGUACCACGAGUACUGACUGAAAGGGAACGUAAUGUUAUGAAUAUAACUACUGUUCCCUGAAGGAGGGAAAUGAGGUACAACACCUGUUUGGCCCCGCACCGCCCGUUCCUAGGCUCUGUGAAGUGCAGUACUGAAUUGAAGGAAUUAAUCCGAGCAUUUUUUUUAUCACCCAUGAUUUUUGGCCUGAUUUUUGUUCUUCAAUCGAGGUCGCUAGAGUGCAACUGCCCAUAGUUGUGUUGAACCUUGUUUCCCACCUUCAGGGAACAGUAGUAGUUAUAACGUGUGUUUCCAAGGAUAAUGGUAUCCAUUUACUAAUAACAUGUAUUUCUCUCUA